CAUGUGGCAUCACCCCUUAGCGUCCUCAAUCUCAGCCCCCCUUCACUUUCCUCUACCUCAUCUCCCUCUCUCUCCCACAGCUCUCGCGCUGCUCCUUGAGUUGCACUAUCAGUUUCGUCCAAAUAAUUCUUUCUCACCGCGAGAGCUAGCUAAUUAACUAACUAAAGGCAAUGAGCAGGCACGAGGGGCACAGCAUGCAUGAUGCGCAACUGAGCUUAUCGGCCGCCGCCGCCGCCGACGAUGUCGCCUCGAAGAUCGUCCCCCCGGUGACUGUCGUCCUCGAGGGGCGAUGCAUCUGCCACCGCAUUCGCCUACACGAACACUCGGGUUACGAGAGCUUGGCCGAGGCUUUGCACCGUAUGUUCGUCGUGGACGUGAACGAGAGCUACGGCCAUGGGCACGAAGAGAAGGAAGGGCGGCUUGACCUCUCCAACGCAGUCCCUGGCCAUGUGGUGGCAUAUGAGGACAUGGAGGAUGACCUUCUCCUUGUCGGGGAUCUUCAAUGGAAUGAUUUCGUAAGGGUGGCCAAGAGAAUACGAAUUAUCCCUGCGAAGAGAAGUAGUCGUGGGAAGCAUUGAAAUACAAAGGAAGAGUUUCUAAUUCGACUGUAUAUAUUUUAUUUAUGAAUCAUCUCUUCUAUGUGUGAUGCUUAUUUGCUUAUAGUAAUUAAGAAAAUUAAAAUGCA